UUUCAACCGUGAACGGUCAACCUUUCUACAACAGGUCAUAGAUGCCGCCACCCGAAGACGCAGACGAAUGGACUCUACCGCGGGUGAAGUUCCUGUUAGAGACGCAAGAAGUCAAUGCCAGAAGUCCACUAACAGGUCGAUCGCUGCUGCAUGAUGCGUCUAUCCGAGGCAUGAAGGACGUAGUGUUGCAUAUGCUGGCCAACACGGAAUGCGACGUGGAAGUGCGCACAAUGCUGGGAUGUGCGACGCCAUUGCAUCUCGCAGUGCACGCAAGCGACAGAAGCAUUGUGUUUCUCUUGUUAAGUCACGGCGCAAACCCAAACGUUCGUGACCGAUUUGGGUCCACUCCCUUGCACUACUGCACCAAGCGCAGCGUGGCAGUUCAUUUGAUCCAGUUUGGAGCACGCGUUCUGGCUGCAAACAAGAAGCGCAAAACGGCGGCAUUUAUGAUUCAGUCCAAUGAAGAAGCAGACUCGGCGCUCAAGACCUACAUCAAUGAGCUCGCCGAUGCCGAGUACACCGUACGCCGACAGCAGCAGCGUUAAGAUUGCAAUGUCAUUUGAAGUUUGUGUAAACAGGCAGUAUGGUUCAUAUGUUGAGUUACUAUACAUCCUCUAUCUCAAUCAAUUUGGAUGUCGGCGCGAGCUUCUCGGCCAAGUACCGCAGGGACGUGGCGUUUAACGACGCCGGGGCCCCAUCGUUCUUGGGGCCAGCAUCCCCUCGACGCUCCCGGCGAACUCGCUCGUCCGCUUCACUGAGGAGGUUCAAGAGGUCGAAUUUACCUCCUUCGGGCAAACAAAUAUCUACUCAAGAGGUCAUAGUGAUUCUCAUUAUAACAGCACAAUUGAAUCACUUCAAUAGAAGCACGCACU